AUGGAGAUACCACUUCCAGAGGAAGCUUUCAACAAAUCUUCGUAUUACAAAAUCGAUCGGAUGAAUGACCGAAAAGGCUUUGCGACUGUCAUAUGCUUAUUUGCAUACAUAGUAUUUUUCACAACACUUGGCUUUAUUAAAGACCCACAUAACGUGUUUGUGGAUACUACACGGAAGACGUGGGUCUCUGGAGAUAUCUUUUCAUACGUUCACUUUCCAUUUUUAGUGACCUCUGUAGUACUUUCUCUCCCCAUUUUCUUUGCGAUCUUUUUACUUCAAUGUGUUCUCCCGACAGCGGUGAUCUACUUGAACUCACUGAUAUCGAUAUUGUCCACCGCACUUGUUGUUCCAAUUCUUUUAUUCUACUUAGGGAUGAAUAACGGACUUUCACAUUAUCCAAUCGAGUUGCUCAUUUGUUUGGUCGUUGCGCUCUUCCAUAUCUACAAGAGCGUGACCAACUUCAAGAUUAACUGGACAGUCACAUCAAUUGUCUUCAAUGCAACGUUCUCGAUGAUAUUCAAGUCAAUCAUUGUGUUGUUACCUUCACUUGUUAUUAUCACUAUUUUUGGUAUUGGAACGCUGAUUGUAUUCAGAAGCAUCGUCGCUCUCAAUUUGGUGUGGUACCCACGACCAUCUCCACCUUUUGCAUUGGCAUCGAGUGUUAUGCUGUUAAUGCUCUCAAACGUGUUUUCUAAUUCCCUUCAAGCGAUUGUGUCGAUGUUCAUGAGUGCCACCGUUGCGUUCAAAUUACACGAGAACAAAGGACUGAACUUCUUUGAAGCUCUUUUGAAAACACUGUCCCUCCGGCUCGGGUCUGCUUCAUUUGCUAUUGAAAGAAGUUUGAUUAAUAAAUGCGUUUCUGUGUGUAACGUCCUCUUGAAGACUCCACUCUCGAAGACGAAAUUUGGAAUGAAACUGGCUAAGUUUGUAUCAGAACAGACAUCAAGACAAGAGCGGAUCACUCCAUUCAUCUUUGUGGGAUACUAUGGACACACAUAUAUCCACUCUUCUUGUGGACUUGAUGAAAAAAUUAAGCAGAGUAGUAUGAGUGGGAUCGUCACUGAAUUCCACAUGAGAGAAAUGGUCGAUAGCAUCACAAGAAGUACCAUUUGCAUUGUGAUGCCUGUUAUAAUGUUUUUCAGUUAUAUGAUGUAUGGAGGAAGUGUGUCAUACUUCUCAUUGUUGUCUUACUUUGCGUUGUCACAAGUGUUAAAUCUCUUCGGGGCUUUUGUGUUGUCGGUGGGAGAAAUUAUUGUGUUUGACUCCAUCGAGCAGUUGGCGGAAGGUUCAAUUCUUGGAAACUUUUCGGGGUUGAUACAAACACUCAGUGAGAAUAUGCCACUUGGGGGAUUCAACCGCGUCAAUUAA